GCAUUCGCUCUCUCAUAAUGCUGGACAACUUUAAUACACACAUGAAUGAACGCUUAUCGUAAAGAGUCAUUGGGUGCUCAUCAAUAUUUAAUAGUACUUCAAUCUUCCAUGAAAAAUUUGCCUUUGUUGUGUAGAGUUACUUACAAAAUCGUUUAAUGAACUCUUCACGUGACAAUAAAAAAGUGAACUUUGCUCUGAAGUCAGCAUUUUGGUCACAUACAUAAUGUCGCUCAAAUUCCAUUAUUUAAUCGACACAGAAUAAAAUUCACAAAAUAAAAUGGAACAAUGUUAAAACGUAGUUGGAAUAAGUUUAUAAUUUUUUCAAUUUCUUUUCCGACUCUUAUUGUAAUUAUACCAAGUUUACAGGGAUCUUGCACAAAUAUUGUUUUGAAUACGAUUAAUUCUUUUCUCAUCACAGAGUUUUUAAUCGUCGACAAUAAUUCUGAUGAAAUUCGACCCUGUGUUAUAUUCACCUUUAAUUUCCACAAUUUUACCAAACAUACGAGCAGUUGCUCCCAGUUGGCAUUCUUUCCACAGGACAUUUACGACUUUGAGAAGAUUGUCCCGUACAUUGAAUUAUUCCCUCAAAUUACUCACAAUUCUCAAGCAAUCGUCCUAAUUUGGAUUUCAUCCCGACAAGAAAAUGAAUUCUGGAAGGAAUUUUCUUCCCAGAAUUUCAAUACUUUCUCCGCUCCACUUGCAACAAUUUUCUACCAAAACCAUUCUCGUGACGUAAAAUGUUCCCUAUUUUGUCCCCUGUGCAUCAAUUAUAACGAAAAAAACACCACCUUGCUAAUCAGCAAGGAAUUUAAAGAUAAGCAAAUCCACGUCACCUCUUUGCCCAAUGUCACCUCAUUGACCUCCGUGGCGAACUAUAUCCACCCAAAAUUUAAAUCCGACCCUAACCUGCGUCAUGGUCACUUCCGUCCCGCGCACACGCCCGGAUUUGGACGCGGGUUGCAAUACUGGAUCACAGAGAAAAGUGAGAAAGCUUUUUUCCGUGGCUGGGACUCCGCCGUGAACGAAAUGUAUCUCUGCUAUGCCGCCACGCACUUCAACAUUUCUCUCUUUUCGAACGAUUCGUUCCAAGCGGUGGACGAUUUUUUCGCCCAUGAUCGAAAUCCCCAUCUAUUUCUCUGCGUUUCAAAUUGCCUCAUGCCCCUUGACCAAAAAUCGUCCCAAGUCGUCUACACGACUGUCGACUCGUUCACCUUGAAUUACUGCAAGGCUCGCACAUCCGUCUCGGAAACGAACCCUUCCGGAAUUCGUGGACUUUUGCGACCUUUCCGAAAGGAAGUUUGGAUCUGUCUGGUCUUUAUUGCGGGACUGGUGUCACUUUUAUGUCGAAAAGUUGACGCAGGAUUUAGCCUUUAUUGGGCUAUGCUAGGUCAACCUGUCGCCAUCGGGUCAAACAGCAAAAAAUGUCAACAAGCCUUACUUCAAUGUUCUAUUGGAUUGUCCAUCAUAAUAUUGCAGACGUUCUACCUCGCCCUGUACACGAGUGGGGUCAUCGUGCCCCCAGAAUUUGGACGGAUUUCGAACAUCAAGCAAUUGUUUCAAGAAGGUUUCAAACUAGGGCAGGAUUGGGCUUGGGCGAUCGACCCGUUCAUUUCAAGACAUGGAUUUAGCAAUGAAACACUGCCAACUUUUGACCUUGACCGAUGCAAUGACACGACCCAGGUCAAUUCCCAGUCGCAUCCUAAAUGUUUGGGGAAGUUUGUGGGAGAAUUGGCUCGAAUUACGACGAAGCGCUAUGUCCGCUGGGUGUAUCCAAAGGUGUACGAGAAGUAUCCGGUGGCGGGGUUGGCGUGCGAUAGUGUCGAGGAGGACUGGGGGAGUGUCCAGAAUUUUAUGGUGAUGCAGGGGCACUUGUCAGAUGCAGUGUAUGAUGCGGCAUUAAGACUACAAGCCGGUGGAUUUCAGAAUCAGUGGGACUCAAAUUAUUUCAUGGCCAGCUCUCGUGACACGGAAUAUUGGAUGGAAGCGUGGGAAGAGAAAGCACGAGCGGUGAAAGGACUUUCUCUUCAAAGUCGGGUGAUCCUGACGAUAUUUACAAUAUUUGGAUGGUUGAGUCUAAUUGAAAUUGGUAUCGUAAUCCUGGAAAUUUUUAGUAAUUUUAAACAAUAUAUCAUUUAAAAUAUUAAUUUUACAUGGUUAAAAUUCAAAGUUUAUUAAAAACGCAACUAUGAUUCAGCAUUUGCAUCUUUCAUAUCAAAUUGCAUUCAAGUGCGAAAUUGGAAUACAAAAUACCAUGAAAUUAUGAAAAUUAAAUUUAUUAACGUUAAAGAUAAUGUUGAGUUUCCGACGAUGUAAUUGUUAAAGGAGAUGAGUUAAAUGCCCAAUUAAAUAAACCGUCACAACGAAUGUAACCAAGGGGUGAAAGAAGUGUGUUAUCCGUAUUUCAAUUCAAAUUGAUGCAUGUAUGCAAUUUGACCUUUAAAUGACAUUUCAUGACCUUUUGAC